AUGGGGGAAAACGCAACCAUAAAUAAUGGGUCCGGCUGCGUACAGCUCAUAUUUCUCACGUAUAAUUUAUUAUUCGUAAAGCGUCGUUUUCUAAAUUGCGACCGUACUUCCGUAAUCCAGUGUCGCAUUGCACACCGAAGCGUGAAGUUAGACACCUCCGUACCGCGCUAUCAAUUCGCACGUCAAUAUGAUAAUAUUGCAAUAUGUUGCGGUUUAGUUGCUUAUGAGACGCCACGUGGAUGGACAUGUGUGAUGAAACAAUGCGACGACCUCAGGGCACGGAUGGCCAUAAGGUAG